CACAGCAGUGGAGCGCUCAGGCGCGAACCUCUUUCUAUCCACCCCAUCUCACGCACACGCUUCACCUCCCUGUUCGGCCCGAGGCCGACCAACGCGCGACAAAGACGGACAAACGCGCCGAUACGGCGGUGCUGCUGCGCUACAUACUGCCUCGGUGGGAUCUCUCCUCAAACUGACCCCACCGGUGUCGGUUGUUAGCGCUCCUGCUACCCCGUGGCGUCUGAGGAAGUGGCGGUGUGUCGUCUUUACGUCCUGGGGCCAACCUUGUUGCCGAGAGAGCCUUGCCUGCAGCGGCAGCAGGCGCAGCAGACAUCUGCUCGUUUGCUGCGCAGGUCGAUACGAAAGAUCACGAUCUGAAUCCUACCAAAAUACCGAGGAGGCUUGGCUGCCCAAGUCUGGUGAGGAGGCUGCCGCAUCGGCUUGCGCAUAGUACUCGCACUCGCCGAGUGACCAUCAUGGCGGCGGCGGUAGCAACAAAUAUCGCGAGCGGGCAAGGGCCGGCGUACGUCCUCUGCGCCCUUCCGUACCGCACCGAUGCGGAGCGGGAGGACUGGGGGCUAGACACGGCCCUGGCGAUCGUGGAGGAAGCGGUCGAGGCCUUCGAUCCACAGAGGAUGCAAGCGCGGCCAGCGAGAACCAGCUGGCCCCCGGAGCUGCAGGACAAGGCUAAGGCGUUGGAUACAAUCGAGCUGAUGCGAUCCGCCUACUUCGCUAGAGGAUCCAGCAGCCUGCCCGACGUCAGCGAGCCGGUGCCCAAGAUAGAGGAUAACUUUUACAUGUGGCUCUCCCUCAGGAAGCAGCAGUGGAGAAAACACAGGAGAGACAAGAGGGUCGGCCGGAAGCUCACCCCAGAGGAAGACUUCCCAAGUACUUAG